GUCAGGUAUUCUGGCCUGUGUCUUGCUCCAAAUUUGCAUGACAGAACUCUGUUGUGAUUGUAGCACGGGUGGAGUUUGAUUUGCCUUUACAUUUAUGCAGGCAAGUCAUGCCUUGUUGUCCACAGGCUAUCUAGAGUUUCAUGCCCAGGGAACCCAGAUGAGAAUAAAAGAAAUGUUCAAUUUGGCCCGAGUGCCUUCCAUCCUUCUGUUGGGGAUGGUUUAUGUCUUCUACGUGCUCAUUGGAGGGCUGGUAUUUUGGAAGUUGGAGGGCGAUCUCGGGGAGAAGGGCAUCGGUCUUUUAUUGAUAAACAAACAGAAGCUGCUGUUGACGUACCCAUGUCUGGACCGAGGCGGUCUUGAGGAGGUGGUUCAGGUUAUUCAAGACGCAUCCAAAGUGGGCCUGAGUUUGAAAAGCAACAGCACCGCAGAUGGAUUUUGGAAAUUCAAAAGCUCCGCUGUUUUUGCCGCCACUGUGGUCACAACAAUAGGUUACGGAAACAUGAGUCCCAGAUCCACCAGUGGUCAGAUCUUCUGUGUGUUCUUCGCCCUUUUUGGCAUCCCCCUCAAUGUGGUGGUGCUCAACAGGGUGGGCAAGCACAUGCUCGUCCUUGAGCAAAACAUCUGCGACUUCCUUGAGGGCAAAACUGGCCGACGGAGGUGUUCGCGCUUCUUCGUCCACUCGGUGUCCUACCUGUCCGGAGCCGUCCUCUUCUUCAUUGUUCCCAUGCUGGUAUUCCAGCUUCAUGAAGGUUGGGCCUACUCACAGGCCAUCUACUACUGCUUCGUCACCCUGAGCACCAUUGGAUUUGGAGACUUUGUGGCUGAUAGUAACCCGGACAAAGUGUACCCCGAGUGGUACAACGUCCUCAUGGCCUCCUGGAUAUUCUUCGGCCUGGCCUGGUUGGCGCUUGUCAUUAACCACUGCAUUGACAUCCUGGAGAGGUUCAACAGGUAUGUCAAACUGCGCUGGGGGGGUUGCAAGCAGGAGGAACAGGAGAACCACGACACACAGCCGGAAGGGGAAGAUGAGGUCAAGCAGCCGCCUUCAACUCAGUAAAGUACCAAGCAAAUGGACUUACUUAUUCAUAUGGACAUGAUGUAAGUGACCUAAGAAUUGUC